GUUGGUAAGUGCACGCAUAUCAUAAUAUUAUUAUUAAUUAUUUUUAUAUAAUUAUAACUUCAUAUAUUAAGUAUAUAUUAAAGUAAUGUAAUUAAAGCUACUACGGAAAACUAGUGAUUAGACACCACAAGUACAGUUCAAACAAUGGAUAAUAUAGAAGUAAAUUACUGUAACUCAAGCGAUUCAUCUUCAUCAGAUAAUGAAAAUAAUAUUUUAUUAGCGAUGUUAUGUCUUUUGCGUCGAAAAAAAAAAAGAAGGUUUCGCGUACAUCCUCUGUGGAAGAGUAGAGAAAUAAAGGGAUUACACAAUAAUCUAAUAGCUGAAUUGGCAAUUGUGGACGAAUUGUUAUUCAGAUCUUACACUAGGAUGAGCGUUGUAGAAUAUGAAAACCUUCUACAGGAAGUUGGUCCUUCUUUAGUGAGUUUUCCGACUCGCAAGGACAUCAUUAAUCCGUCCACGAAAUUAAUGUUGACAUUAAGAUUUUUAGCCACUGGUGAAACCUUUUCUUCGCUGCAUAUGCAAUUUAGAAUGGGGAAGUCAACAGUCCAGAGUAUUAUUUAUAAUACUUUAGACGUAAUUUGGACAAAAUUGCAGCCAAAAGUAAUGCCAGUUCCUAAAUCAAAUGCAGAAUGGAAGAAAAUUUGCAAGGGUUUUGAAGACCAAUGGCAAUUUCCUCAUUGCUGGGGAGCAAUGGAUGGAAAGCACAUUGUAAUGCAGGCCCAACCACACAGUGGUUCUACCAACUUCAAUUACAAAAAGCAGCAUAGUUUGAAUUUAUUGGCUGUUUGUGACGCCUAUUAUAAAUUUAUAAUAGUUGACAUUGGAGGAAGGGGCAGGGAAAGUGAUGGCGGAGUUCUGCAAAAAAGCAACUUUGGAAAACAAUUAUUUAAUAAACAAUUAAAAAUUCCACACCCUUCUAAAUUAUACCCUGGAGGACCAAUGUUGCCGUAUUUUUGUGUGGCUGAUGAAGCUUUUCCUCUACAUGUUAAUAUUAUGCGUCCAUUUCCCGGUCGAUCAACUGGUCGGAUGCCUAAUGAGCAGCGGAUAUUUAAUUACAGGUUAAGCAGGGCAAGAAGAACCAUUGAGAAUACAUUUGGCAUUAUGGCAUCUCAAUGGAGAAUAUUUCGCCAACCUAUUAAUGCCAGAGAAGAUAAUAUUAAAAAAAUCGUUCUCGCUGCUACCUGUCUUCACAAUUACCUUCGACAAGAAGAGUUACAGUAUGCUGAAGACGAAAGGCAUUAUUGCCCAAGAAAUCUUGUGGAACAGAUGGGGAACGGACAAGAAAUAGACGCCUUUUCUCCUUUUCAACAUAAUUUUGUCCAAAACUUAAGUGCCAUUCGUGUUAGAAAACUUUUAAUGGAUUAUUUUUUAAAUCGAGGAAGUGUGCCAUGGCAACAGGAAAGAGUUGACGAAGGAAUGUUCUGAAUAAUAUUUUGUAUUAUUUUGUUUUUGAUUUUUUUAGAAUUUUGUUCGAUAAACAAAAAAACAAUAAUGUUUUGCUUUGUCACCAACAGUUAUAAAAAAUUAAAAUGUAUAUAUUUUAUAAUAUACGAAAAAUGUGUAUAGUAAUGAUUUUCUUACAAAUUCUAUAUCAAUAAAUUAUUUGUAAUAUGUAUUGUCCUGCAGUACAAUAAAUUAUUUUGUUUAAUGAA